GACGUCAUCAGCGUGCGACUAACUUCUGGUGACAGGAAAGAAGAAGGAAAGAUGGCUGCAAGGUUACUGCUCCGCUCGGCUGUUCGAGCCGCGACAACCUGCCGGGCUGCCCCGGUCCCGGCUCUGACCCGCGGCAUGGCGGCUGGAGGGAUCCCCACUGACGAGGAGCAGGCCACCGGCCUGGAGAAAAUCAUCAUGAAGGCCGCCAAGGAGGCGGACCCCUACAGCAUGAUGAAGCCUAAAGAGUACGCUGGCUCCAAGGCCGAUCCUCACCUCGUUCCCUCCAUCACUAACAAGAGGAUCGUGGGAUGUGUCUGUGAAGAAGACAACACGGCCGUGGUCUGGUUCUGGCUCCACCAGGGUGACGCCCAGCGCUGCCCCUCCUGUGGGUCCCACUACAAACUGGUGGCCCACCAACUCCCCCACUAACCCCCCCACACACACACCUCUCUUAACAUAGACAUAGGUCUCUAAUAGCAUAUGUUACUAGAUACAUAUGUCUCUAAUAACAUGUUACUAGAUACAUAUGUCUCUAAUAACACAUGUUACUAGAUACAUAUGUCUCUAAUAACACAUGUUACUAGAUACAUAUGUCUCUAAUAACAUAUGUCUCUAAUAACACAUGUUACUAGAUACAUAUGUCUCUAAUAACACAUUACAUAUGUCUCUAAUAACAUGUUACUAGAUACAUAUGUCUCUAAUAACAUAUGUCUCUAAUAACAUGUUACUAGAUACAUAUGUCUCUAAUAACAUAUGUCUCUAAUAACACAUUACAUAUGUCUCUAAUAACAUGUUACUAGAUACAUAUGUCUCUAAUAACAUAUGUCAAUAAUAACAUGUUACUAGAUACAUAUGUCUCUAAUAACAUAUGUCUCUAAUAACAUGUUACUGGAGACAUAUGUCUCUAAUAACACAUGUUACUAGAUACAUAUGUCUCUAAUAACACGUUACUAGAUACAUAUGUCUCUAAUAACACAUGUUACUAGAUACAUAUGUCUCUAAUAACACAUGUUACUAGAUACAAAUGUCAAUAUAGACAUAUGUUACUAGAGACAUAUGUCUCUAAUAACAUAUGUCUCUAACAACAUGUUACUAGAUACAUGUCUCUAAUAACAUAUGUUACUAGAGACAUAUGUUACUAGAGACCUAUGUCAUUAAUAACAUAUGUUAUUAGAGACAUAUGUUACUAGAGACCUAUGUCUCUAAUAACAUGUUACUAGAGACAUACGUUGUUAUAAUAUAGACAUGUAUCAUGCAGCUGAAAUAUUCCUCUUAGCUUCAGAACGGGGAGAAGAAAGGUCAGAUAGUCUCCAGGAAGUGUAUUUAUCCUGGAACAUUUUAUUUCCUGGAGUUGUGAGCCGUCGUCUGAUUGGUCUCUGACUCGUUCUGUCUAGAGAUGUUCCGAUACCAUUUCUUUCCUUCCCAAUAUGGCCGAUACCGAGCACCGAUCAGAUACCCAUGUGUGUCAUAUUAUCUACUAUCUACUAUCUCUGUAUGGAUGUGAUGCGACCGCUAUCAUUGUUGUUUAACUCUUUGGGGAAAGCCAUUGUCAUAACUGGGAAAAGAACGUGACGUGGUAUCGGUUCGGUGCAUAAACUCCAGCACUCGCUGAUCCGGUACCAGAGUUUUAGGCAGCAUCGGAGGCUUUUAGAUACCGGUAUCGGAACAUCUCGUUCUGUCUCGUACUUGAUAGACCUGCUGACCUCAUCAGUCUUUGCUUUACGUGUCGGCGCAGGGAUCACAUGUGGUUUGGGACACAACUGUUUUCUUCAAACAUUUCCAUUCAUCGUUCAGUUUACAUUCACACACUCGUGUACUGUAUUGUAAUGUUACACUCUGGUCCACCUCACUCCUUUGACUCAACCAAUAAAAUCCUCAUACUUUA